AUGUCCCCCGUGAAAGUCACAAAGAUUUGCUGCAUUGGCGCCGGAUACGUUGGCGGUCCUACCUGCGCCGUCAUUGCUCUGAAGUGCCCGCAUAUCACUGUCACCAUUGUAGACCUCAAUCAGGCCCGCAUAGAUGCUUGGAAUAGCGCGGACUUCGCGCUACCGAUCUACGAGCCCGGCCUUGUUGAGGUCGUGAAGCAGGCGAGAGGGCGUAACCUCUUUUUCUCAACCGACGUCGACAAGGGCAUCAAGGAGGCGGACCUCAUCUUCGUCAGUGUAAAUACUCCGACCAAGAAGAGCGGAGUGGGGGCAGGUUUUGCUGCUGACCUCAACUAUGUCGAACUGGCGACGCGUCGUAUUGCCGCUGUUGCGCACUCAUCCAAGAUCGUCGUUGAAAAGUCGACAGUGCCCUGCCGUACAGCGGAGUCUAUGCGUACGAUACUCGAGGCAAACUCACGCCCCGGGUGCCGCUUCGACAUUCUCUCCAACCCCGAAUUCCUCGCUGAGGGUACCGCAAUUAGCGACUUGUUCAGCCCUGACCGUGUUUUGAUCGGGUCACUUCAGACUCAGGAGGGCAAGGACGCAUGCGGGUCCCUCUCUGACGUCUACGCCAACUGGGUACCCAAGGAGCGUAUCUUGACCGUCGGCCUCUGGUCCUCCGAGCUCUCCAAGCUUGCCGCGAACGCGAUGCUCGCACAGCGCAUCUCCUCUGUGAACGCGCUCUCCGCGAUCUGCGAGGCAACCGGCGCGAAUAUUGACGAGGUUGCGCACGCCGUCGGCUUCGACUCGCGCAUAGGGCCCAAGUUCCUGCGCGCGUCCGUCGGCUUUGGCGGGUCCUGCUUCCAGAAAGACAUUCUCAACCUCGUCUACCUCUCAGAGAGCCUUCACCUCCCCCAGGUUGCCGCAUACUGGCGUCAGGUCGUCGAGAUGAACGAGUACCAGAAGAGCCGCUUCUCCAAAACAGUCGUCGACACGCUCUUCAACACGAUCACCGGCAAACAAAUAGCAGUGCUUGGCUUCGCGUUCAAGGCCGACACCGGCGAUACGCGCGAGUCACCCGCCAUCUCACUCGUCCGUGACUUCCUUUCAGAGCGGGCCUACGUCACCAUCUACGACCCGCAAGUGGAGGAGACACAAAUCUGGCUGGACCUUGCUGAGGCCUGCCCGACUGUCCCGCUCGAGCUCAUCAAGAAACAGGUUACCAUCGUCAAGUCCGCAAUUGAGGCUUGCAAGAAUAAGGAAGCGAUUGUCAUCGCGACCGAGUGGAAGGAAUUCCGCGAGAUCGACUGGCAUACAGUGUACACGCACAUGAACAAGCCCGCCUUCGUGUUCGAUGGCCGCAUGCUUGUAGAUGCAGACGCUUUGCGGCAGAUUGGAUUCAAAGUCAAAGUAAUCGGCCGCGGUGAGCGGGUCUGA